AAGUUGCUCGUAUUCAAGGAAAAGAAUUUGUAGAAAUUGUUGGUACUUAUGUUAGAGGAACUAAAGCUACGGAAGGCGUGGACCUUAGACAGUUAAAAAAAACCCUUGGACAUGUAAAAUGUACAAUACUUGAACAACAACAACAUUGA